GCAAGCGGAAGUUUGUCUGGGGGUGUGUUGGCGGGAUCAGGAAGUUGGCUGUUGAAUUCCAGAGAGCGGCUGUUGAGCGCGUUUGACUGACUGACAAGUAGGUUCACUGAAGACUUCACAUUUUAGUUUGCAAAAAUGUCAUCAACCUCUCAAAAACACAAGGAAUUUGUGGCAGAGCCCAUGGGAGAAAAGGCCGUCAUGGCUCUGGCAGGAAUUGGAGACGUUUUGGGAAAGAGGCUAGAAGACAAAGGCUUUGAUAAGGCUUACGUGGUGCUUGGGCAGUUUCUGGUACUAAAAAAAGAAGAAGAACUCUUCAGAGAAUGGCUGAAGGACACAUGUGGUGCUAAUGCCAAACAGCAGUUUGACUGCUAUAGUUGCCUAAAAGAAUGGUGCGACUCAUUCUUGUAAAAUGAAAGCAAGGAAAAUGAUGAUGGAAAAUGUUCCUCUUUUUCCUUAUUUUAUGUACACUGCUAAACUCCCUUAGGUUGCCCCACCCUGGAUGAGUAUUUUUCAUUUCAUUAUGAUAAUUGAAUUAGAUUUCUAAGGUUUCAUCUUUCACCAUCAGUCUUUUAGAGGUUAAACAAAAUGGGAUCUUUUAUUUUAACUGAGGGUGUUCUUUUUGUGAUGCUUUAAAAAAAAUCCAAAUAGCUGCUGUUGGUUUUACAAGACCACUGAUUGUUUUUCUGCUGUUUUAAAGCUGGUAUACAAUUUGAAAGUCUGUUUUUAAUGCGGUGAAUCAUUUUUGAAAGAGAUUAAAAAGUUUAUGCAACGAAGUAGAGAAGUAUUGGGUUUAGCAGCUUAAUUACUUUAAUUGCACAAAGUUACAAUUCCUU